AUGAACGUACUUGUCCUCGGUGCUACAGGUUACAUCGGUUGGCCUACCGUUCAGGCUUUAAGUCGGGCUGGACAUAUCGCCUAUGGCCUCGUACGCCAAGAAUCUCAGGCCCAGAAACUGCGAGCUUCUGAAAUUAUCCCCGUCAUCGGCGACGCAAGCGACCCGUCCACCUGGGUAUCCAUCAUUCGCUCCCUCGACGUCAUCAUCGACUGCACAGGCGGACCCGAGGUCGAACGACUCUCAAACGCGCUGUUCGACGCUAUCACCACCGCAGCGAAGGACCGUCCCUCCACCGUACCGAAACUCACAUACAUCUACAGCAGCGGCGCCUCCGUACACGGGGACAACCGCGUCGACCUCGUCUCCGAGACGUCUAUCCUCGGCACCCCAGCCGCGCUCUUCGCGUGGCGUCAGGAAUUCGAACGGCGCGUCGUGGGGAGCGACAUCGUUAGCGGGAUCGUCAUCCGUCCUGGGCUGCCACACGGCUAUAACGGGGGUAUCACGGCGUAUUGGUUUAAGAUGGCGGAGAGCGGGAAGGUGGUAUGGUAUGGCAAGCCCGGGGGAAGGACGGGGUUCGUUCAUGUGGACGAUUUGGCGGAUUUGUAUGUUAGGGUGACGGAGGGCGCGUCACUGGUCGGGGGGAGGAUUUUCGACGCGGCGAAUGAUCAGACGGAGGGGGUGGAUGAUUUGUUUGAGAGGAUGUUUGAUGCCGUUGGGGUGAAGGGUGAGGUCACUUAUCUCGAGCCGUCUAAUAUUUUGGAGGCUGUUAUGUCUACUACGAUACUCAUGCGUCCGUAUUUGGCGAAGAAACUGCUUGGCUGGCAGCCGAAGAAAGUGGGUUUGGGCGAUGGGAUGAAGCUGUACUACGACGCGUGGAAGAGCUCCCAGUAG